AUGUCUUACCCAGGGUAUCAGCCUUAUGGCCAACCCCCUCCUCCACCCCAGCAGCCGCCAUACGGCGCGCCGCCGGCCCAGGGUCAGUACUACUGGCAGCCUUCUCAAGGUUAUGGACAGCCGCCGCCGCCGCCCACUCCGCCAUACGGUGCGCCGGCGUACGGCGCUCCGUCUCCGCAGCCAUAUGGGGCUCCGCCGCCGCAACCCUACGGCGCCGCGGCACCUCCGCCCGGCCAGUAUUACCCCCCUCCCCAACAAGGGGCCUAUGGCGCGCCGCCGCCUCCCCCGCAAGCAUAUGGCGCACCGCAAGCAUAUGGGCAGCCCCCCCCUCAGCAGCCCUACGGACAGCAACCGUACGGGCAGCCCCCCCCUCAGCAGUACCCGCCAUACGGCCAGCAUUACCCUCCAACCGCACCAUCGCUCGGGUACGGUCCGCCGCAAAUCAUUGCAUAUAAUGGCGACGCGGACGCGCACGCCUUGAGAUCGGCCAUGAAGGGCUUCGGCACAGACGAGAAGGCCUUGAUACGUAUUUUGGCGAACAAAGAUCCCUUGCAAGUUGUGACAAUCAGGGAUGCGUACACGCGCCUCCAUCGGCGCGACCUGGUGCAGGACAUCAAGAGCGAGACAAGCGGCUGGUUUGAGACCGGGCUCGUCGCGCUCGCCCGCGGGCCCCUCCUAAACGAUGUCCACCUGCUUCGCGAAGCCAUGUCCGGCGUCGGGACGAAAGAGAAGGCGCUGAACGAUGUUCUUCUUGGACGCUCGAACGCUGACAUGAACGCCAUCAAGAGCGAGUACCUGCGCGUCUUCCGUCGCCGGCUCGAGGAUGACGUGCGGGGCGACUUGAGCAUGAAGACAGAGAGGCACUUUAUGAUCGUGCUGGGUGCCCAGCGUGCUGAGGAUUCGGCUCCCAUCGUGAAGGCCGAGAUCGACCGUGAUGUCAACGAGUUGUACAACGCUACCGAGGGCAAGAUCGGCACUGAUGAGAUGAAGGUGUGCAGCAUUCUGAGCACAAGGAACGACAACCAGCUUCGCGCCAUCGCCUACGAGUAUCAGCAGAAGUUUGCCCGAAACCUGGAGGAUGUCAUUCGCAAGGUAACUGACAAAGACGACCGACAGGAGUUCUCGGGUCACAUGGAGGACGCGCUCCUCUUCCAGCUUCGCAACGCUGUCGACAAGUACAUGCAUCAAGCAACCCUGCUCGAGGAUGCGAUGGCUGGUGCCGGGACCAAGGACUACCUCCUGGUCAGCCGCGUCGUCCGCUUCCACUGGGACCGCAGCCACAUGGCUAACGUCCGCGGAGCGUACGAGAGACGGUAUCACCGCAAUUUGGCAAGCAGGAUCAAGGGAGAAACCAGCGGAGACUACGAACGGUUGAUGUUGGCGUGCAUUGGGGAGCGAGUGUAG